AGAGCAGCAGCUUUUUACCUCACUGCCCUUCCAACAGCAUCUCACCUUCAGCCGGCCACACGCACAUCCGCCGACGCCCCUGACAGAGGCCACCGGAGGCAGGAGACACAAGCCGCGUCUGGAAGAGAAAACCAAACGGGGCGAAAGCGUUCAACACCAGGGCCAAUUGAUUUAAUAAUGUAGGGCUUGUUUUUGCGGUUUGACAUCUAAUUUAGCCUGCCCGCUUCACUGCGACACAGAAAUCCCGCAUAGAGCUACCGCAACCUUCUCCUCGGCUUGUCAAGAUCAACCCGUCUUGUCUUCGUACCUUCCCGGACGCAAGCAGUCGACCUCUUCCGCGAGUCCGUUGCUGUUUGCGUUUUUUCUUUUCUUUUCGGCAGUCAGAUCAGGCCGCAUCUGCUCGUCCGUCCCCGCCCCCCCAAGCCUCAGCAGCAUCUUUCCAGCAGCAUCAUCAUCAUCAUCACCAUCAUCCUUCUCAUCAACGCCACCCUCGAAUCUGCGCAAUGGCCGACGUACCAGCGGAGUGCAACAUAAAAGUGCUGUGUCGCUUUCGCCCCCUCAACCAGUCCGAGAUCGUACGCGGGGACCAGUUCCUGCCCAAAUUUCAAGGGGACGACACCGUCAUCGUGGGGGGGAAGCCGUAUGCAUUUGAUCAUGUGUUUCCAACCAACACCACCCAGGAGCAAGUCUACAAUACCUGUGCCAAGCAGAUUGUCAAGGAUGUGCUCAGUGGAUACAAUGGCACCAUCUUUGCAUAUGGACAAACAUCCUCUGGGAAGACUCACACCAUGGAGGGAAAGCUGCACGACCCUCACCAGAUGGGCAUCAUUCCUCGCAUUGCUGAGGAUAUUUUCAAUCACAUCUUUGCGAUGGACGAAAACCUGGAAUUCCACAUCAAGGUCUCCUACUUUGAAAUCUACAUGGACAAAAUCCGUGACCUGCUGGAUGUGACGAAGACCAACUUGUCUGUCCAUGAGGAUAAGAACAGGGUUCCAUAUGUUAAGGGAUGCACUGAGCGCUUUGUGUCCAGCCCUGAUGAGGUUAUGGAUGUGAUUGAUGAAGGCAAAGCUAACCGCCAUGUUGCUGUGACCAAUAUGAACGAGCACAGCUCUCGCAGCCACAGCAUCUUCCUGAUCAACAUCAAGCAGGAGCACGUGGAGACGGAGCAGAAACUGUGUGGGAAACUCUACCUGGUGGAUCUGGCUGGCAGUGAGAAGGUCAGUAAGACCGGAGCUGCCGGUUCUGUCCUGGACGAGGCUAAAAACAUCAACAAGUCUCUUUCCGCUCUGGGGAAUGUCAUCUCUGCCUUGGCUGAGGGAACGAAAAGUCACGUUCCGUACCGCGACAGCAAAAUGACCCGCAUCCUGCAGGACUCGCUGGGCGGGAACUGUCGCACCACCAUGUUCAUCUGCUGUUCUCCGUCCAGCUACAACGAAGGGGAGACUAAAUCAACUCUGAUGUUUGGACAGCGCGCCAAAACCAUAAGGAACACGGCCUCCAUUAACCUGGAGCUGACUGCCGAGCAAUGGAAGAGGAAGUACGAGAAGGAGAAGGAGAAGAACAAGACGCUAAAGGAGACAAUUCAGAAACUGGAGACGGAGCUCAACCGCUGGAGAAACGGAGAGGACGUACCUGAGACUGAGCGGACCACGUCAGACAUGGUGACUCGCAUCGAGACCGUGGAGGAGCGCCCCAUUCUGGACAACGACACCUCCUCCAUUGUGGUUCGCAUCUCCGAAGAGGAGCGGCAGAAGUAUGAAGAAGAGAUCCGCAAGCUGUACAAGCAGCUGGAUGACAAGGAUGAUGAGAUCAACCUGCAGUGUCAGCUGGUGGAGAAACUGAAGCAGCAAAUGCUGGACCAGGACGAGCUCCUGGCCUCGUCCCGGGGAGACGGGGACAAGGUUCAGGCUGAGCUCGGCAGGCUGCAGGUGGAGAGCGACUGCGCCAAGGCCGAGGUGAAGGAGGUCCUUCAGGCUCUGGAGGAACUGGCCAUUAACUACGAUCAGAAGAGCCAGGAGGUGGAGGAGAAGGGCCUGCAGAACCAGCUGUUGGCCGACCAGCUGUCCCAGAAAAUGGCGAGUCUGAUGGAGCUGGAGGCGGAGCUGUCCCGUAUGCAGGAGGUGAGCGGUCAGCAGAGGAAGCGCAUCGCCGACGUCCUUAAUGGACUCAUGAGGGACCUCAGCGAGUUCAGCACCAUCGUCGGGAACGGAGAGAUAAAGCUGCCUGUGGAAAUCAGCGGCGCCAUCGAGGAGGAGUUCACCGUGGCCCGCCUCUACAUCAGUAAGAUCAAGUCGGAGGUGAAGAGCAUGGUGAAGCGAUGCCGCCAGCUGGAGAACAUGCAGCUGGAGUGCCACCGCAAGAUGGAGGAGACCGGCCGGGAGCUCUCCUCCUGCCAGCUCCUCAUCUCUCAGCAUGAGGCUAAGAUCCGCUCUCUGACUGAGUACAUGCAGAGCGUGGAGCAGAAGAAGAGGCAGCUGGAGGAAAGCCACGACUCCCUGACCGAAGAGCUGGCUAAGCUGCAGGAGCAGGAUAACGCUGUGCUUGAGGAGAAAGAUGGAGAAAAGGGUGAGAUCGAGGAUGGAAAUACGAAGAAAGCGCUUCGUCAGCAGGGGGAAUCUCACCGCGGCCUCCAUCACAAGCAGCUCGCCCGCCUGCGGGAUGAGAUCAACGAGAAGCAGAGGGUCAUCGAUGAGCUCACCGAUCGCAACUCCAAGCUGGAGCUGGAGCUGGCUCAGGUGCGUGCCGACUUCGAUCGCCUGAAGAGUCAGGACAGCUGCAAGAGCGAGCGCCUGGAGGAGCUUUCAUUCCUGCAUGAGCGCCAUGAGCAGACCAAACAGGACCUGAAGGGUCUGGAGGAGACUGUUGCCCGCGAACUCCAGACCCUCCACAACCUGCGCAAGCUGUUCGUUCAAGACCUCACGUCGCGGGUUAAAAAAAGUUCCGAAAUGGAGCCUGAUGAUAGCGGGGGGUCUAGCACCCAGAAGCAGAAGAUUUCCUUUCUUGAGAAUAACCUGGACCAACUUACAAAGGUUCACAAACAGCUGGUUCGUGACAAUGCAGAUCUGCGUUGUGAGCUUCCAAAGCUGGAGAAACGUCUUCGGUCUACUGCUGAGAGAGUUAAGGCCCUGGAGACUGCACUGAGGGACGCCAAAGAGGGCGCCAUGAUGGACCGCCGCCGCUACCAGCAGGAGGUGGAUCGGAUCAAGGAGGCCAUGAAGUCUAAAAUCGCGCUAAGGCGCCCCCAUGCUGCACAGAUCGCAAAACCAGUGAGACCAAAGCAGGUGCCUGUCUGCUCUCCCACCAACCCGUUCUACGCCUACAUCCGGGCCACCGAGCACACCAACGCCUACAGCAACGCCCUCUUCCAGGGCAGCAUGACACCCAAGAGCUCCUCCAGCAUCGACUGCAACCUGAACUCUGUGCAGAGCAACACAGUUUCCACAGCUCUGGGCUACAGAGCAGGGAGAUAUAAUGGAGAUGUGCUGGAGUCCUACCCACUCAACAUUGACAACGGAAACAGCAUCAAUGAAACCAGAGACAUAAAUGACAACAGAAGUGACGUUCACUGUGGCAGCGAGGUGGACGACUCAAACAGGCACAACAGCAUGCAGCAGCAGCAGCAGCAGCCGCAGACUGCUUCAAGUUAGCUCAACCAAACACUGUAACCCUUGCAGGACCCUCCCGUUUCGUUUGCAUGCAGCCUCUGUGACCUCCGUCCACCGCAUCACCACUGAAGAUGAAGAUGAAGAACCGUAGCCUUGUGGUAGAUGAAGCCCCCUCCGGUUCCCACGGUGACCUUUCUUGCUCUCUGUUUUGGGCUUCAGUCCCUUCCGGUUCAGCCAGUGCUGAGCAUAUUCUCUCAGGCUCUGCUUUAUUCAGACAGCCUAAUCGCAGAUGAAUCUAAAUUAUUGAUCCGUGAGUUCAUCAAGAUAUCACUGCCUGAGGUGGCUGAACCGAACUAGGACUGGACCCAGAUUGCUCGAUGCUCACACUUUGUAAAUAGUAGUGCUGUAUACUCCUGUAGUUCUUUUUCUUCUUUUUGUUUUUGACCAACAACUGUUUGUCCAAAUUGCCACACUUGCUCUGCCCCCUUGUGCAUAUUUUUUUCGCCACGCGGGUUUAAAAAGAAAAAAAUGGGAGUGACCAUGAAUCUUUUAUUCUGUCGUGAAUAAGAGCAUAUACCAGUCGGCUGACACCUCAGUCUUUUUGUGCAUGCCGCUUAAGUUUCCUGGCCAAGCUUUCAAAUCUCUCUGCAUGUGUCCUAUAUGAAGCUGGUGACGGAUGCAAGAAACGAGAAAGGAGAGAGGGAUGAUUUCCCUCAGUCCAGAUCUUGGUGUCAGUGCUGUAUGUUUCCUAUCUCAAAGUAAAUCUCAGUGCAGAUUUAAAUCAUUGUAAAUUUAAAAAAAAAAGGGAAAAACACAACAAAUAUUCGAGUGAAUCCCAGCUCAGACUCGCAGUUGCAUUGAGUGGAUCUCGACUGAUUGCUUUGAUAAUGCUGCAGCCGUACGAUGGCCGUCCUUACAUUCCCUGCACCGCUCGCACACUUCCAUAUCCCCUUUACCGAGCCUUAACAUCAACUGAUACUUCACAGUCAAUUGAACUCGCUGGCAUUUGCAUAAAGUACAUUUUUAAUUACUACCUCUAGAGCAGCUUGUUGUUGAUGAAUAUCUUUCUUUUCAAAUGCUAAUUAAAAAAAGCUGAUGCUAGAGUUUCUACAGACAGUUGUAACUUUAGAAUAAGAGUACGUAUAAGUAGAUUUUGACGUAUUAACCAUAGCUGUAGUUUUCGUCUCAUGCCGGUUCAUAAAAAAAUAAAAACAGUUUUAUUUCCUCAGAGCUUGGCCGAUGCAAUGGUGUUUGCAAAAACAGCCUAUUCAGCUUUAAAAAGACACCAUGAAACUUUGUUGUCAUUCUUUGUCACAAGAUUUGACUUUAGAUUUUUGCGUACAUCCACUCCCAAAUGUGCAGAAAAGCAGAGGCAGGUUUUUGGGUUUUUUUUUUUUUACAUUUGACAUAUGGGCAGUUGCCCAGGACGGCAUUAGAAAACGAGCGCACAAACACCAUAUCCACUAUGUAACCUAUUUAUCUGUUUGUCGCGUUCUUAACAAGUUUUCUAUCAUUUUCUUACAUGUGCAAUUAAAUGAAAAUUGGUACCUCCACGUUGUGGCCAGUCCUGCUCGCAUUGGGACAAAAGGGUUUGUCUGCUGUUGGUCACUUUGUGGCCAUAUGGGCACGAGCUGUUCUGUGACGCCUUGUUUUCCUAAAGUGGUUGGGUGCUAAGUUUGGCUUUGCACGACUGGGGAAUGAAACUGGAACCGUUUCCAUGGGUGUUUGUAUCAUGGAAAGCAGAAUCGAAAGGGAGGAAGUAGCAGUGGAUGUGGGGGGCGGCAGAAGGAAGUGAAGUUUCCUUUAGAGACAGUAUGGAAGCUGUUACUGGGGACCGAAACAUUUAAUGCUUCAGGUUUUAUUCCCGACUGAGCAGCCACUAGUCUGGGACUUUUUGAAGACGUUGUGUGUCCUGUUGUUGUUCUUCUGCAAAAUCCUGACCAGCCAAUCAGGAUAGAGGAAAGCAGCACUUCAUAUAAGUGGGAAACAAGUAGGUGUUUGCUGUGAAUCAUUGUCUCAAAAAGGAAAGGAAAGAGUUAAAAGGAAAAGUGAGCAGCUAAACACCCAACCACCUUCUGUCUUCUUCAGUAAAUCUGACAGAACUUUAGAGUUUAAUUAGCCAAAUACACACACAAAAAAACAAAAAGCAGAUUUAACAAUGCUCAAACAUUUAUCCCGUGUAAAUUCCUCCGUUCUUUUUCAUCAAAUUACCGCUCGAUCUGAUGCUCUUGCUGGCAUUAAUAACAUCUCAGGGCUUAUUACACGCAUAAUCAAAGCAGGCAUACAUCACCGCCAUUGUCUUCCUCCUGAGCUAUGUGAUUGCUGAUGAACAAUCAAUCCGAUCAGUAUCAGUGUAUCCUCCUUCAGUCUAAGCAAAAGAGCGAGGUGACUCGUAAGAUUGGAAAAGAUAUGUACAUAAAUCCAAAUAAACACGCCUCCGUUCUAACUCAUAGCCUUUCAACCCUGCAAACCUUCAAUCUUAUAUCAUAUUUACAUUUUUUUAAUAGAUCUGCAUUAGAAAGAUUGUGUAAUAUGUCAUCAUCUGCUGUUACACUGUCUGAACUCAACAUAUGUACGAUACAUGUGCUAUAUAUUGGUAAACCUGUAAGUAAAAAGGCGCAUCAUGACAUAGUAGGAUGCACGCUGACCUCUGUUCAGAGAAAUGCUCCUUUUAUUUGUUUCUGUAUGCUUCUAAUUGUAGUGUCGACAUGACUAUGUGAAGAGUCACCUUGCAGAAUAUCUGUAAAUAUAGAUUCAUCACUAUGCUGUAUGUAAAUCUGUGUGUUGUAGUAAAAAAGUUCAAUAAAACUGUAAAAACGG